AUGCUGGUUAUGGCCCAAUGUGCCCCAAAUCCAAGUUUUACAAUUCCAUCACUUGCUUCCUCUGUUUUGAAACCGGCACAAUUGACUCUGCACGACGUGAAAACAAGCCUCAACAAAACCGACACUUCCGUUCCCGUUAUUGGCGCACUUCCAUUUAAGGCGCAGUGCAAAUCAGCUGUUGCUUUAGUGAACGAGCGUCGCAUAGACUUUGUUCGGGCAAAGAAUGUCCGCACGAUCGGUCGAUUGUAUGGCAGCGCAAAUGAAAAGAUGAAACAUAAGAAGAAGGAACUGACCACUGCCAAGUCAGUGGAGAGGAUGUUAGUCUGGCAACACUCGAAGAAAAUCGGUCCAGGCUUUGCUAAUCUUGGUAACACGUGCUACCUUAACUCGGUACUGCAAUGUCUGACCCACACUCCUUGUUUUGCUCAGCUCUUAUUAGACAGAGAAGUGUUUGCGUUGUCUAAUGGCAAUGCAUUACCGUCCAGUAGUGGCCACACUAAAUAUAAAUCCGGUAAUGAUUUUGGCAAAAACGGGUUUUGUGGCAAGUUGGAUGCUAGUGGCUUUUGCAGUAUUCGUGCAAUGUCAAGACUGUUGCAAUCCGUGCAUGGUAACAACGCCGUGCGAGUCUUACAACCGAAAGAGUUUGUGAUGAAUAUUCGUCAUAUAUCAAAACGUUUUCGCAUUGGACGACAAGAAGAUUCGCACGAAUUUUUCCGGUUGCUUUUGGAUUCCAUGCAACGUUCCUGUUUACGAAAGGCGCAUAUCAAGAGUGAAAAUCAUCUGGUUGCAUCUACUACAUUUGUGCAUCGCAUAUUUGGUGGUAAACUAAAAAACUCGCUCAAAUGCGCCAAGUGCGGGUAUGUGUCGGAACGUUUUGACGACUUUUUGGACUUGUCGCUAGAAAUCUCUAGUGGCGUGAAUAGCGUCAAAGGCGCCUUGCGACAGUUUACCACCAUUGAGAAGCUGGACGUCCACAAUUCGUGGAAAUGUUCUAGUUGUGGCAAAUUCAGUUGUGCCGAAAAAGGUCUGACAAUUGCCGAGUGUCCAAACGUUCUUGUGAUUCAGUUAAAAAGGUUCGAUCUUAUGUUUGGCAAAAUUAAACGGCAUAUUGAGUUUUCUUGCUCCCUUGACAUUGCGUCAGGAAUGAGUAAAAUUUGCGAAGAUCGUUGUCAAGGACGUACUAAAUACGAGCUGCACGCAGUUUUGGUCCAUGCCGGAUUUUCUACGGAUUGUGGACAUUACUACGCCUUUGUGAAAGGAUCAUCCGGUCAAUGGUAUGAAAUGAACGAUGAUUCUGUGCGGUGGGUGAGUAUAGACACUGUAUUAAAGCAGAAAGCUUACAUGUUGUUCUACUCGCGAGUGUUACCCUUGUCUGAACGUUUAAAGCUGGAAGGAGAUGAGGCACAUUCUAAGGAAAAUAAUGAGACGAAACAAAGUCGAGUGGCGUCAAAAAGUAUGACAAAGUCGGUGCUGGCGACAACAAAAGAGUUAGACAUGAACGCAAUUCUAACCAGUCUAAAGAUGGUGGUUGCUAAUCAGUUAGAUGCUAAAACUGAUGACAACUUUUCAGAUCCGGCAAAGGUCGAGAAGGCAACUGUAACAUUUAAAGUCACGACGAAGCUGAUAGUGUCUUCAUGGGCUCUUCUUGCCCACCACCGAACGAAAGGUUCAAUACUGUCUAACUUUGGUGGUCACGUUGGUCGACUGUAUCGGUAUGGACUGGCAUUGUGGAAAUCUUGUGCCAUACGAGUGCCGUUUAACCCCUGGCAUGUAAAGAAGGUAGGUGUACGCAACGCGGCGCUCUUUGGUCGAGAGGUGUACACGUGGGCUGACGAGACGGACGUCGAGUAUUCCAAGACGACGAGCAGUAGUGACACUACAUUACAUGAAACGAUUGACAGAGAGUUGACUGCAAAGCGUGACCGGGUGCUGAAUACUCUGAAACAAGAGGAAUGGAUACGCCGCAACACCGGUCGCCAGGGUUGCUGGGAUGAAAACCUUGACAAAGGCAAGGUCAAGAAGGUUAAGAAGCGCAAGGAGUUUGUCGCUAACGAAGGUCGUAAGAACAUCUUUCAGACGACUUUUACGGGCAAGAGAAAAGAUGUCAAGCGGCAGCGCACGACGGCGACCCCGCAGUUGUAG